GACGUUAAAGAUUCUCUCUCUCCCUUGCAUCCAACUGCUUUUGUCUCUAGUCUUGUUCUUUCGUCCAUUAAUUCCAUCCAACUGCCAGUUUGACCCGCACUAGGCUCCAGCUUGCUCUACCGAUCAUGGCCGCAGGUGCUGCCGUUCCGGUCAUCUCCGCCGGAGAAGAUCUCCCCGCCGACCUGACCUCCGCCUCCUCCGAGCCCCCUUCCCUCUUCGACGGCACCACCAGGCUGUACGUGGCGUACCACUGCCCGUACGCGCAGCGCGUCUGGAUCGCCAGGAACUGCAAGGGAUUGCAGGACAAGAUCAAGAUAGUCGCGCUAGAUCUCGUGGACAGGCCAGCCUGGUACAAGGACAAGGUCUACCCAGAGAACAAGGUACCUGCCCUGGAGCACAACAAGCAAGUGAAAGGAGAGAGCCUGAAUCUGCUCAAGUACAUUGAUGACAAUUUCGAUGGCGCAGAAUUGCUCCCUCAUGAUUCUGCAAAGAAGAUGUUUGCCGACGAAUUGCUUGCGUACAGCGACAGUUUCAACGCCAGCGCUUUCUUCUCAUGCCUACGCUCCAAGGGAGAUGUGACCGACGAAGCUGUUGCCGCUGUUGAUAAAAUAGAAGCUGCCCUAGGAAAGUUCAGCGAUGGCCCUUUCUUCCUUGGCCACUUCAGCCUGGUCGACAUUGCAUAUGUGCCAUUCAUCGAAAGGCUUCAGAUAUCCUAUUCUGGCAUCAAGAACUACGAUAUCAUUGGGGGCAGACCCAACCUUGGUAGAUUCAUCGAGGAAGUCAACAAGAUCAACGCAUAUACACAAACCAAACUGGACACACAAGUUACGCUUGAUAUAAUCAAAGAGAAGUUUGGGAUUCCUUAAUGAUUUGGACUUGUGGUGGCCAAGGAACUACGACCAGGAAACUCCUGCAGAAUCUUAUGAAGCAGAGAAAGACCAAGGAUUGUUUUCGCUCGUUGAAUGUUCUGCCGUGCUGUGCUGUUAGAGAACAAAUAUAUAAACAGGAUCGUACUGUAAUCUUUCCUUGCCAGGUGCUAGUGAUAUCUUUGCAUAUCUGAAAUUGUAUAUCACCUGUAGAUCGUAAUGGAGUUGUGCAAUCCCUACCAUUUCUCCAUUGAGCUAUAAAAUUUGUAGCCUUGCUGGUUGCAAUCGUGUACCGCA